AUGCCAUCUUGCCCUCCUGUAGCUCGCUGUCCUCAGCAAGUUCAACCGCAAAUAAUUUCAUGUUGUUCCACGUGUCCUUGUCAAAAACGAAAACGUAACAAGCGAGAUACGAUUGAAUUCUUGAGCAAUGGUACAUAUAUCCUCGAUGAGAAUUUCAAGAAAAUACGUAAACGAGAUGUUCUUGAUGAGGUUGUUCAUGUGGAUGCAAAAUGUAAUAGCGAGAGCUUACGUGAAAUCAUAAUUCAAAACAUUGAUAGAGUGACGUCAGUGGCCAAAAAGCGAAUACAGGAAGAAGCUGAAUCGCAGCUACAAGGAAGAUACAAUGUUAUUUGUGCUCGUGGCGAUUUUUCAUAUGUCACAAACACAGAAUCAUUCUGUCAACAAACAGUAGGAGACGUUACCUGCUAUGUUUUCAAGCAAUUAUCUUCUGUCGUACGUAAACGAUUAGCAUAA